AAUAUUUAUAAUAAUCAUUUGAAAAUAAUAAUUAAUCGAUUUUUUUAAUUUUAGACUAAAUUGUUUAGUAACGUUCACAUUAUAAUGGAUUAUAUUGCUUCUGAAAAAGGAGACACUACAGAGAAUCGGGAUCCAAACUCUUUGGUAUCAAACGGUAAUUCCAAGCCGGUAAUAGAUGAAAAGUCGAGUGAGAAUGAUGAUAAACCGCACAUCGAAGCCCCCACGGAGAACGCUGCGUGCACAUCGGAAAAGACAGACAUUUCAGAAAUUCCUGAGCAAGUCGAAUUUACAGUUGUAUUUAAUAACAAUAAACAUGACAUCACAUUUGCUUACGAUGCCUCUGUAGUAGAACUGAAAGCGCAUUUAGAACGAAUAUGUGCAGUGCCACAGUCAGCACAGAAACUCAUCAUUAAAGGAAUGGCCAGGGACAGCGGGACAAUCAGACAAGCUGGGAUCGUCAAAGGCGGAAAAGUAAUGCUUGUUGGAUCCAAAAUGGAUGAUAUAUUGGCUGUGAAGAGUGCACCAAAGGAAAUAUUUGAAGAGAAGUCUAGCAGUCAAUCCAGCAAAGAGCCAUUGUGUAUGCAGAAGAACCAUAGUAAAGUUUUAGAUAAGGGUAUUCCACCAGAUGUAAUGCCUGGAAUAAAGGGAGUCAAGGAACCUUUACCACCUGUGCCACUCAGUGGGAUGUUGAAUAAACAUGGAGGCAAAGUUAGACUAACAUUCAAACCAGAGCAGGAUCAGCUUUGGCUCGGAACCAAGGAGCGCACAGAGAAACUUGCUAUGACAUCUAUCAAAACUUCUGAAAAAGGAGACACUACAGAGAAUCGGGAUCCAAACUCUUUGGUAUCAAACGGUAAUUCCAAGCCGGUAAUAGAUGAAAAGUCGAGUGAGAAUGAUGAUAAACCGCACAUCGAAGCCCCCACGGAGAACGCUGCGUGCACAUCGGAAAAGACAUACAUUUCAGAAAUUCCUGAGCAAGUCGAAUUUACAGUUGUAUUUAAUAACAAUAAACAUGACAUCACAUUUGCUUACGAUGCCUCUGUAGUAGAACUGAAAGCGCAUUUAGAACGAAUAUGUGCAGUGCCACAGUCAGCACAGAAACUCAUCAUUAAAGGAAUGGCCAGGGACAGCGGGACAAUCAGACAAGCUGGGAUCGUCAAAGGCGGAAAAGUAAUGCUUGUUGGAUCCAAAAUGGAUGAUAUAUUGGCUGUGAAGAGUGCACCAAAGGAAAUAUUUGAAGAGAAGUCUAGCAGUCAAUCCAGCAAAGAGCCAUUGUGUAUGCAGAAGAACCAUAGUAAAGUUUUAGAUAAGGGUAUUCCACCAGAUGUAAUGCCUGGAAUAAAGGGAGUCAAGGAACCUUUACCACCUGUGCCACUCAGUGGGAUGUUGAAUAAACAUGGAGGCAAAGUUAGACUAACAUUCAAACCAGAGCAGGAUCAGCUUUGGCUCGGAACCAAGGAGCGCACAGAGAAACUUGCUAUGACAUCUAUCAAAACUUCUGAAAAAGGAGACACUACAGAGAAUCGGGAUCCAAACUCUUUGGUAUCAAACGGUAAUUCCAAGCCGGUAAUAGAUGAAAACUCGAGUGAGAAUGAUGAUAAACCGCACAUCGAAGCCCCCACGGAGAACGCUGCGUGCACAUCGGAAAAGACAGACAUUUCAGAAAUUCCUGAGCAAGUCGAAUUUACAGUUGUAUUUAAUAAGAAUAAACAUGACAUCACAUUUGCUUACGAUGCCUCUGUAGUAGAACUGAAAGCGCAUUUAGAACAAAUAUGUGCAGUGCCACAGUCAGCACAGAAACUCAUCAUUAAAGGAAUGGCCAGGGACAGCGGGACAAUCAGAUAAGCCGGGAUCGUCAAAGGCGGAAAAGUAAUGCUUGUUGGAUCCAAAAUGGAUGAUAUAUUGGCUGUGAAGAGUGCACCAAAGGAAAUAUUUGAAGAGAAGUCUAGCAGUCAAUCCAGCAAAGAGCCAUUGUGUAUGCA